AUGAAGAGAGCGCGUGAAUGUGUAGAGGAUAAUGACCUUCCAGCAAAUUGUCAACAAUUAUUGUAUAUUUUGCAUGAAUGUAGACGCAAUUCAAUUGAUCCUAGAGCCCGUUUUAGAGGAAGAAGAGGGGAUAUGUAG